CUGGGAGGAUCUGGGCUGUCUCACUGACUACUUGCUUCUUUGUAACUGAGCAGCUCACUGUGUUGCCUCUGUGUGUGUGAGGGGAAAACAAGAGGAGAACAUUGUGAUACAGUUUCACUCAAGCUAUGUAUGUACUCUUACUUGUUCUCUUAGCUCUACCGUCUUGCCAGGCAGCCUCUGAAGGUCAUGGCUGGGCGUACAUUGGAACCAAAGGGGAGAAAAGUUGGCCAAAAAACUAUGAAUUCUGCGGUGGAGUCUAUCAAUCACCCAUUGAUAUCCACCAAGAUAUCCUACAAUAUGAUUCCUCGCUGCAGCCUGUUAAACUGAAUGGAUAUAAUGUGUCUCCUGCAGAGUCUUUCACACUGUCAAACAAUGGACACACAGUACAAAUGUCCUUGGUUCCCACCAUGCAAAUUAAAAUCGCGCCUUUUCACUAUACUGCCUCCCAGCUUCAUUUGCACUGGGGCCAAAGAGGCACUCAAAAAGGAUCUGAACACUGCAUUGAGGGCAAGAGGUUUGCAGGAGAGGUACAUUUGGUCAACUAUAAUUCAGAUAAAUACUCGGAUAUCACCACCGCCAUGAAGGAAUCAGAUGGACUGGCAGUACUGGGAAUCUUAUUAGAGGUUGGCCCUUUCAAUCCAACUUUUGAAAAAAUUAUCUCUCAGCUUCACAGUAUCGGAUAUAAAGACCAGUCAGUUCAGAUUGCAGGAUUCAAUGUACAGGAACUUCUCCCUAAAAGGCUUGAUGAGUAUUACCGUUACGAGGGCUCUCUAACAACCCCACCUUGUUACCCAAGUGUGUUGUGGACUGUCUUCCGGAACCCUGUGACCAUAUCUGAGGAGCAGUUGAUCACCCUGGAGACAGCUUUAUACUCCACUGAUCGUAAUGAAUCAGUGCAGAUGACCAAUAACUACAGACAACUGCAGCCACAUGGAGACAGGCUGGUAUCAGUCUCUUUUCGCGAAGGUGUGGUUCUCACAAUUGCAUUAGCCUGUUUGCUUGGUGUACUGGUGAUUAUAGCAGUUACGUGUUUGCUGAUUCGUAGAAAGAGAAGGAGCAAAAAGUCCAGUGAUAGUAGGAAUAUUGCAUACACGGCAGCUGCAGGGGUGGAAGAAAACACCUCCAAAGUAUGACAAGUUCCAGACACCAGAUAAGCCUGCGGUGAAAGGAUUGUAACCAUCUUUUCUAAUGUGCACCAAGAUACAUGAACCCUGAGUACUUCUGGGGCAAAGUUCAAAGGGUGAUGGAAAAAGUUGGCAAACCAUGGUCUGGUGGUUGGGCUAAUGCAUUCCACUGUUGACUUGGGAAAUGGAUCACUAAACCAAUGACAGGGAUUUUAUUUCCACUUACUGCAAAAUAUUGCAUCUAUAACACUUGCAUACAGCAGGAUGAGCUGAUGCACAGCAAGAUUAUGUUGCCAAUAUGUUUAUUUGAAUCUUUAACCUCUUUGCUGCUAAUCGGCAACUGCUGAACAUGGAUGUAUGUCCCAGGGAUCAAAUGAAACAUGGACAUAUUUCCCAAGUAAAUGCCCAAUACAUGGAACUGGAACUUUAAACCAAGGAGGGCAGUGGUGUAAUAUAGUCCAAAACAAAUGGAGGGUCAUUAGCUUAAUUUAGCUAAUUGUGUAUUUUUUAAAAAAUCAUUUAGAGUGUAGUUUCUUUUCAUUCGGAUACUGUUUUAAGAAAGGCUUCAAAUUGUUUUUCUCUUAAAAAGUUUGUUUUAUUUGGGGAAAUCCUAGUUAUUCUAUAUAUCAUAAAUAAAGUAAUUUUUUAUUAUUCUGA